AGAUCUUUCGGCUCGAGGUACAUGGGAUUUGUAUGGUUUGGCUUGAAUUAUUCCGUCCACCUGGCCAGAGCUGUACAGCUAGCUGAUGCCCGGUAAUGGUAGGCUACUGUGCGCAAUCGCAUGACGCUGAGUUCCCUGAUGACAAUUGGAACCUCUACCAGCAUAUCGAUACUGAGUCUUCCGCCGUGCUGAAUGCCACCGUCGCUGGGGCAUCUGCGGGCGAGGUCGCGACGAGAGGUUCACUCGCCGCUGUGCUGCGGCCGCAUGAGCGCCGCUUCUUGCGCCAGCCCUGGCUCACCAGUGACGCUGAUGAGGAGCUGCUACUCGUGCUUAGAUUCACCUCGCCCGUACGCGUCCGCAAGAUCCUCAUCGUGGGCGGCGGCGGGGAAAGCGAGGUCGAGGGUGACGAGGAGCUCGCUGCGCACCCGAGCCGCCUUUCCUGCUUCGUGAACCGCCACGAGAUCGACUUCGGCAACGUUCGCGACAUGGAGGCCACCCAGGAGUUCGAUCUAAUGGUGAACACAAAAGGCGAUGCUGAGCUUACGACGCGCGUGUCUGCCUUCUCCGAAGUGACCUCGCUCGCGUUGUACUUCUCAGCCAAUCAUGGAGACGUGCCUCGCACGCUGCUGCGCUACGUCGGACUUCAGGGUGAGCAUAGUCACCACCGGCGAGAGGCCGUACACACCGAGUACGAGCUGCUGUGCUGCCCACACGGCGCGGGUCUGGGCAAUUCCCACGUCUGCUGAUGGCUGGACCCUCAACCGAGCAGAUUCGGGUGAUUCCACGCCGAUAGCUUAGUUCCAAAAAGGAGCCCCCUCCCUCCUGCUUAGACGGCCGCCCUUCUUGCGCAAUCCCUGUUUGUGCGUCGCCCACUCUCCCCCCAAACGAUCCAGGACUACAAACCGGAG